AACCGAAUUCUCCACCUCCAAAAAUUUCUCAAUGCUGGGGUCUUUUUCCUUUGGUCUACAAUCGCAUUUUAAAAAAAAAAUAUUAAUUCACCUUGAACGAUUUCGGAGGUUAUCUUACCUUCGAAAAUGAGAAGAGAGGAUGAUCACACAUCGCGCGCUUCCACCGACGAUGCCGAUGAUAUAUCUUCCGUCGAAGAGCACGACCGCGGCCUCGAUGCUUUAGAGAAGCAAACCACCGCAUCAUCCGCCUUUUCGGCGUUCGAACAGCGUGCGCAAUCUGUCGUCUCUAGAAUCCGAAGUCGGGAGCCCGGCCAGACGGCUCGCUUUACACAUCCGCUGUCGCAUACCAAAACCAAAGACGAUGUGAUCGUUGACUUCGAUGGACCGGACGAUCCUUACCGUCCGUUGAAUUGGGGCUUCCGGAAGAAGGCGAUCACAACGGUUUUAUAUGGGCUCACCACGAUGGGCGCAACUUGGUCGAGUGCUAUCUAUUCAGCCGGCACAGCUCAAGUAAGUUCAAGGUUCGGAAUAGGCGAGGAAGUUAGUACACUGGGAACAACAUUACUGCUUCUUGGGUUCGGCCCUUACUUCAUCGCCGCAAUGUUCUCGUUUGGUAGUGCAACUGCGAAAGAUGUCCAGACCCUCAUGUUAACCCGGUUUUUUACUGGCUUCUUUGGUGCCGCGCCUGUCACCAAUACUGGUGGUGUCCUGAGCGACAUCUGGACGGCAGAGCAACGCGGGGCAGCUAUAGUCGGUUACGCCAUGGCAGUCGUCGGUGGACCUGUCCUUGGCCCUAUUGCUGGCGGUGCAAUCACCCAGAGCUAUCUCGGGUGGCGCUGGACUCAAUACAUAACCGGGAUAAUGAUGCUAUUCUUUCUAAUCCUUGACGUCCUCUUUAUCGAUGAGUCCUACCCUCCGACCCUCCUACUCUAUAAAGCUCGCCGCCUCCGUUUCCAAACCGGAAACUGGGCCCUCCAUGCCCGCCACGAAGAGUGGGACGUCACACUCAAAGAGCUCGGAAACAAAUAUCUCAUCCGCCCCUUCGCCCUCCUCACAACUCCAAUCUGCUUCCUCGUCGCCCUCUACGCCUCCUUUGUUUACGGAAUCCUCUACCUUUCCCUCGCCUCCUUCCCCGUCGUCUUCCAAGAACUCCGUGGCUGGAACCAAGUAGUCGGCGCGCUGCCCUUCCUCGCAUAUCUAGUCGGAAUCCUCUGCGGCGCCUGUAUAAACCUCGCCAACCAAAAAUUCUACAUCUCGCGCUUCAAAGCAAACAACAACCGCCCCGUCCCCGAAGCCCGCCUUCCACCAAUGAUGCUCGGCUCCGUGUUCUUUGCCGGUGGCCUCUUCAUCUUUGGCUGGACUUCCCAGAUCCAAAUCCACUGGUUUCCGUCCAUGGUUGGCGGAGCUUGCAUGGGACUCGGUUUCUUCACAAUCUUCCAAGCAGCGCUAAACUAUCUCAUUGACACAUUCCAGUCUGUGGCUGCGAGUGCGGUUGCAGCGAAUACGUUCCUGCGGAGCGUGUUUGCAGGUUGCUUCCCCCUGUUUGCGACAGCCAUGUUUCGGAAUCUGGGGGUACCCUGGGCGUCAAGCGUGCUGGGGUUUUUCGCGAUUGCGUUGAUUCCGAUUCCAUAUCUUUUCUAUAUUUUUGGGCCCAGGAUUAGGGCUAAAGGGAAGUGGUCGAGGGCGUCGGUUUAUUCGUGAAAACGUUACUGAGCUUUUCGUCUUUAUUUUUAUUUUUGCUAGUUCUUACUUCUAUUUUCUAUGAUGAGCUGGUGAUUAUUUAUACCCCUGAUUGAGCUCUUGGUUAACGAAAAUGGUUGUCUAAGGGGGCAUGUUGGUCAUGAUUGUUUAAG